GUGGUCUACAAUGCCUGAUCAGGACAAAAAGUUGAAGAGCACAGAAAAAGCAUCAGACAGAAAAGCUCAUGAGACAUUUGCUAGGGAUUAUUCUGAUCUUAAAAAGCUUCGGGGUCUCUUAAAUGUUCAAUCAAGCAAACAACAGUUUCCAGCUAUUAAUUUUGGAAGUGAUCAAGGCAGCAUGACAAAAUCUCAGCAGUGUGUCAUCAACAGCAAUGGGCAGAAAAACCAUAGUCAGUCGCAAGGAACCAUUGAAUCUGCUGAACUUGAAAAAUUCAGCAUGAGCUACAAGAAUGAGAGAAAUUUUAGCAAACAUCCCAAGCAUCAACUCUUUCAAGAGAUUUUUACAACUUUAGUUAAGAACAGGCUUACCUGCAGGGAGUGGAUUAACCAAGCUCCAUCCCUCCAUUUUCUGAGAGUAUUAAUCUGCUUGAGAUUACUAAUAAGGGAUCCAUGCUAUCGGGAAAUGCUCCACAGCUUGGGUGGUAUUGAAAGUCUAGCUCAGUGUAUGGAAACAGUAGCAAAUGGCUAUCUUGAGUAUGGAGAGCAGCAGCAUAAUGUGGACAAAUUGGUAAACAUGACAUAUAUUUUUCAAAAGAUUGCUGCUCUUAAAGAUAAAAGAAAAUGGGUUUUAGUGAGUGGAGCGCAUAAAACUUUAGUACAUUUGUUAGCUGCCAGAGACAGCAAUGUGCUGUUGGGGGCCCUCCUUGCUCUAACAAGCUUGGCAGAAAGUCCAGAAUGUAGGGAGAAGAUAAGUGAGCUCAUCAUUGUUGAAAACUUGCUGGUGAUACUACAUGAAUAUGAUUUACUUUCUAAAAGGCUCACAGCAGAGCUGUUACGACUCCUCUGUGCAGAGGCACAAGUCAAAGAACAAAUAAAAAUGUACAAAGGAGUUCCAGUCCUGCUAAGUUUGCUCCAUUCUGAUCAUAUCAAGCUUCUAUGGAGUAUAGUUUGGAUUCUGGUACAGGUUUGUGAAGACCCUGAGACAAGUGUGGAAAUCCGAAUUUGGGGCGGAAUCAAGCAGCUCCUUCAUAUAUUACAGGGCAAGAGAAAUCUUGUUUCUGAUCGCUCUUCAAUUGGAAGCUUAUCUAGUGCAAAUGCAGCAGGGAGAAUCCAACAUCUUAAUUUCUCAGAAGAUUUGAGUCCUAAUGAGAUAGAAGAAAAUACUUUCUCCCUUAAGGCAGCUUGUUGUGCUGCAAUUACUGAACUGGUGCUCAAUGAUACCAAUGCUUACCAAGUCGUACAGGCAACGAUAGCAAAGCUGAUUUUACCAAACAAAGAAAGUAGUGCUGAGAAAGCUAAUUUAUUACAGUGCUAUGCUUUCAGAGCCUUGAGAUUCCUCUUCAGUAUGGAAAGAAAUAGACAUCUCUUUAGAAGACUUUUCCCUACUGACUUGUUUGAAAUCUUCAUUGAUAUUGGACAUUAUAUUCGUGAUAUCAGUGCUUAUGAAGAGCUGGUAUCAAAGCUAAAUUUAUUAAAGGAUGAUGAAUUGAAGCAAAUUGCUGAAAGCAUUGAGAACAUCAAUCAGAAUAGGACACCUACAAAACAUGUAGGCAAUUAUGCAAUUUUAGAACACCUUGGCAGUGGAGCUUUUGGAAAUGUAUAUAAGGUUAGAAAACAUAACGGACAAAAUCUUCUAGCAAUGAAAGAAGUCAAUUUACACAAUCCAGCAUUUGGAAAGGAUAAAAAAGACAGAGACAGUAAUGUAAAGAACAUCGUCUCCGAGUUAACUAUCAUUAAAGAGCAGCUUUAUCAUCAAAAUAUUGUACGCUAUCAUAGAACCUUCUUGGAAAAUGACAGGCUAUAUAUAGUGAUGGAGCUCAUAGAGGGGGUGCCAUUGGGAGAACACUUCCGUUCUUUGAAGGAAAAGCAACAGCAGUUUACAGAAGAAAGAAUAUGGAAUAUAUUUAUCCAACUUUGCCUUGCUCUUCGUUAUUUGCAUAAAGAGAAAAGGAUUGUUCAUCGAGACCUUACUCCAAACAAUAUCAUGCUGGGGGAUAAGGACAAAGUUACAAUUACUGACUUUGGUCUUGCAAAGCAAAAGCAAGAAAACAAUAAACUCGCGUCAGUUGUUGGAACCAUUCUGUAUUCCUGCCCUGAAGUUGUAAAGAGUGAGCCCUACGGAGAGAAGGCUGAUGUCUGGGCUGCAGGAUGCAUCCUUUAUCAGAUGGCAACACUGAACCCACCAUUCUACAGCACCAAUAUGCUCUUCUUGGCAAAUAAGAUAGUAGGGGCUGUGUAUGAACCUGUGCCAGAAGGAGUGUACUCUGAAAAAGUGUCAGUUAUUAUUAAAAGAUGCUUAACUCCUGAUGCAGAAGCACGUCCAGACAUAGUGGAGGUCAGCUCACUGCUAUCUGAGGUGAUGAUGAAAUGUUUGGAUAUCUUAUCCACUUCCCAUCUCAUGCUGGAGAAAAAACUGGAUCGGGAGAGGAUACGCACCCAGAGGUACUUCAUGGAGGCUAAUCGAAAUGCAGUGACUUACCACCACCAGCUUUCCGUUUUAUCACAGGAACCUUAUGAAGUUCAACAUGGAGAUUACCUUGGAGGCCUGGGUUCAAGAAUGCAACCAGCAUCGUCAGGAAUUGCUGUAUCACAAAGGAAGGUGCAUCAGAUCAGUGACCCUGUUCAGCAGAUCCUUAUUCAGCUCCACAAAGUUAUCUUCAUCACUCAACUUCCUCCAGCUUUGCAGUGCAACAUGAAAAGGAGAGUCAUUGAGAGAUUCAAGAAGUCCCUCUUCAGUCAGCAGAGCAAUCCUCGUAACCUUAAAUCAGAAAUGAGAAAGCUGCUCCAAGGUUCUCCUGAACUGAUUGAGCCCAACUUCUUUACAGCAGAUUGUCCUGUGUCACUUCUCUCUUCAAGUAGAAAUAUAUUGAUUCCUGAUGAUAGAAAAGGUAUUGUUGGCACUUUUGACACAGCAGAAGGGAUGACAUAUGAACAGUUGCAGACUCUAAUUGAAGAGGUUUUAGAAGAAACUGGUUAUUACAAUUUCUCUUCUAACAGGUAUCUUGACUACCAGGGGGCACAAAGAACUAUCCAACAAAAGAGGAGAACUUGUAAUUAUGAACAAACUGUUCAGAACUCUUCCUGAUGAAGUCAAACAUCUUGUACUUCAGCAGAUGCUGUCUGAUUAC